AUGAAUACAAAAUUCAAAUUAUUGAGCAUAAUACUCUUACUAAUCCAAAGGUUCAGUAACAAAAACCUGGUAAAAAAACAAAAAUAUGCUACUGAACUGAACUUAAUGGAAUUUGGUCAACAGGGAAUAUUGGAUGGUGGGAGUGAAGAGUUUAUCUCAGAGGAAAAAUUGAAUAACUUAAUUGGAUUAUUAAAGAAAAAGAGAUAUAAUUCCAAAUUAAAUGAAAUAACAGUAGGAGAUAUUAAGAUCAGGAUUGUUUCCAGAAAAAACAUUAAUUUCACUAAAAUAGUACUGGAUGUAGAAUUUGGUAAUCAGUUGAACCCUUUGUAUUACAAUUCAAUUUCAAGUUCAGAUCGUUGUUUGUUAAUGCUUAGUAAGCAUUUUCAGAUUCAUCUUCGGCAAGUUUUUGAAAACUACCUUUCCAGAACAAGUUUUUUAAGUUCCGAAAGUCAUGUUUAUUUUGGAGUAUCAAAAUACUAUUUGGAACCUAAGAAAUCUAGCUUAAAAGAAAUUGAGUUAAUUCUUAAUUAUGUUUCAAUAUUCUUCAGUAGAAAUAUCAUAAACUCAAGUAACAUUCUUGUAAACUAUCUUUUAGAUCUUCAAAUAAAUGGGAACAAAUAUUUUAUGCCAAAUAAUUACAUGAGAAACCUAUUUUUAACUGUAUUGGAUGAUAAAUUUAGAGGCAAUAGUAACAAAGCAGACAGUUUUAGGGAUAUUUAUGGAGAUUUGAAAAUGUGUGCUAAUGUUAAGAACGUAAAGGACUUUACAAGGAAAUACGGACAUUAUUUUAAAAGGAGAAUUAGGAAUGUAGAAAUUUUGUUAAACAAAGAAAAAAUUAAUAUACAUAAGUUAGAACGAAUUAUCCAUCAUACAUUUAGGAAAAUUCAUGUUUCAAAAAUAGGUUUUGACCAUUUAAAAAUCUUAACAAAGAUUAAUCCCUUUUCAGAAAUAACAAAAGGAAUUCUUCAAAUAAAUAGUAAUAGAGUUGAUAACAAAGUUACGUUGAUGUUUCCAUUAUUAUAUCAAUUUAAUAAAAGAACUUCAGAAAUAACUCAAAUUUUGGACAGUAUUUUGGCUUAUAAUAAUACAUUGAUUGAUAGUUUAACAAAACAAAAGUUGGUUUUAAAUUAUAACUAUGAAUUUGAACACAACAGUGAGAAUAUGUAUACAAAUCUAUUGCUAAACUUUAUCCUAGACAAAUCCUUAAAUUCCAGAGAAGAAUUACUAAUAUUUAAUCUGAUUAACUUAAUUGAGAUUUGGCUUGAAAUAUUGAAUGCUUCAUAUUUGAAUAAAACAAGCUUAAGUAGCAAAAAUAUAUUAAAUUCAGUUGAACCUGGCUUACAGUUCGAAAAUACACUGUUUAAAUGCCUAAGUAUUGAUAACAUGGUAAUAAUAAUUUAUAGUAACAAACCUAUAUCGAUUAAUGGUGUGGAUAUAUUAAAUUUAAGCGUCAAGAUCAACGAAAAUAAGUACUGGUACUUCAUUAGAAAGUUGCAUUCUAUUUCAUAUUUAAUACGUAAACACUUUUUGCCUAAGCUCGGAAUUAAAUAUUUAAUGCAAAAAGAAGAUUAUUAUUUCAGUACGAAAUAUGUGUACAACAGUAUCCCUUCAUCCUUAAUUAGAUAUUUCCAACAGAAGUACCCCAAAAUCAAUGAGUUAUCGUGUUAA